AUUCAGACAUCAUUCAGUUUUUCCCCCAAUUUCAUAGCAAAAUGAAGAAGGAAAAUUCAAUCUCCAUUCUUUCCUCUCUCUCCUUGGUCCUCGUCUUCUUCCUGUCUCUUGUCUCUGCAACAUUCUCAAACCCAGCUGAUUCAUCAGACCUUCCAGAGACCUUCAUAAUCCACGUGUCCAGAUCACACAAGCCCAAGACAUUCACCACCCAUCAUCACUGGUACUCCUCCAUCCUCCGAUCACUUUCCUCUUCCUCUCACCACCCCUCCAAGCUCUUAUACACAUAUGACACCGCCGUCAACGGCUUCUCCGCCCGCCUCACCGCUUCUCAGGCGGCGGAGCUCCGCCGCAUCCCCGGCGUACUCUCCAUCCUCCCCGACCGCGUCCGCCAGAUCCACACCACUCGCACUCCUCAAUUCCUCGGCCUCACCGAUGUGUCCGGCCUCUGGCCUAACUCCGAUUACGCCGACGACGUGAUCGUUGGAGUUCUAGACACCGGGAUUUGGCCGGAAAGGCCAAGCUUUUCCGACGAAGGCCUCUCCCCGAUUCCCUCCAAUUGGAAAGGCACUUGCGAGAGCUCACCGGAUUUCCCUUCUUCGGCGUGUAAUCGGAAAAUCAUAGGUGCCAGAGCGUUCUAUAAAGGCUAUGAAGCAGGACUUGGAAGGCCUAUGGAUGAAUCCGUAGAAUCAAAAUCUCCGAGAGAUACAGAAGGUCAUGGAACACAUACAUCUUCAACAGCGGCUGGAUCUGUGGUUGCAAAUGCUAGUUUCUUUCAGUACGCGCGAGGAGAAGCGAGAGGAAUGGCGAUCAAGGCGAGAAUUGCUGUUUACAAGAUCUGUUGGGGCUCAGGUUGCUACGAUUCGGAUAUUCUCGCUGCGAUGGAUCAGGCGAUUGCCGACGGUGUUCACGUCAUUUCUCUCUCUGUGGGAGCCAGUGGAUAUGCUCCACAGUACGAUCACGAUUCCAUCGCGAUCGGAUCGUUUGGAGCUGCACAACACGGCGUUCUCGUCUCAUGCUCCGCCGGAAACUCCGGUCCGGAUCCGUACACAGCCGUGAACAUCGCUCCGUGGAUCCUCACUGUAGGUGCUUCGACGAUCGAUCGAGAAUUUCCAGCGGAUGUUGUACUAGGCGACGAUAGUACCUUUGGCGGCGUGUCCUUAUACUCCGGUGAUCUGCUCGGUAACUCGAAGAUUCCGUUGGUUUACGCCGGAGAUUGUGGAAACAGAUACUGUUACGAAGGAAGACUUAAUUCUUCAAAAGUCACCGGUAAGAUCGUUGUCUGCGAUCGUGGAGGCAAUGCGAGAGUAGCGAAGGGAAGCGCCGUGAAACUUGCCGGCGGUGUCGGAAUGAUAAUGGCGAACACGGCUGAGAGUGGUGAAGAGCUCAUCGCCGAUUCGCAUCUAAUUCCCGCAACGAUGGUAGGUUCAACUGCCGCCGAUAAGAUCAGAGAGUACGUCAGCUCCGAUCCGUCACCGACGGCGACGAUCGUCUUCCGAGGCACGGUAAUCGGAACUUCGCCGCCGGCUCCGAAGGUGGCAGCGUUCUCGAGCCGCGGUCCAAACCAUCUCACGGCGGAGAUUCUGAAACCGGAUGUGAUUGCACCCGGAGUGAAUAUCUUGGCUGGUUGGACCGGGUUCACCGGCCCGACCGAUCUGGAAAUUGACCCGAGACGUGUGGAUUUUAAUAUAAUUUCAGGUACGUCCAUGUCAUGUCCUCAUGUGAGCGGAUUGGCUGCUUUGCUUCGAAAAGUUUAUCCCAAGUGGAGCCCAGCGAUGAUCAAAUCAGCUCUCAUGACAACAGCUUAUAAUGUGGACAACUCUGGUAGAAAUAUUACGGACCUUGCCACUGGAGAAGAAUCAUCACCGUUCAUUCACGGAGCAGGACACGUGGAUCCCAAUGGAGCCCUUGAUCCUGGAUUGGUGUACGAUAUGGAAGUUAGUGACUACGUGGCCUUCCUCUGUGCCAUUGGAUAUGAUUCCGAUCGGAUAGGUGUUUUUGUGAGAGGGCCUGCUACUGUGGAUUGCCGUGCACAGAGCCUCGCUACACCCGGCGAUCUGAACUAUCCAUCUUUCUCGGUAGUGUUUGAUUCCAACAAAAAAGUAGUUAAAUAUAAGAGGGUGGUAAAAAACGUGGGGCCUUCAGUUAACGUGGGUUAUGCUUUGAUUGUGAAAUCGCCACCGUCCGUUGAGAUCAGCGUCACACCAAGUAAGCUUAUGUUUAGUGCAGAGAAUCAAACGCUGUCUUAUGAGAUCACAUUUACUAGUGUUGCAGUUUCUUCUAGCCAGUUGAGUGUUGUUGCUUCCAAGGGAUUUGGGUCAAUUGAGUGGACUGAUGGGACACAUCAUGUGAGAAGCCCAAUUGCCAUUACGUGGCGUCAGGGCUCUGUGGUUUCAAUAUGAGUACCUAUGGGUUGGGGGCCCAUGGUUCUGGGACCCAUCAUGUGAGAAGCCCACAUUACGAGGCGUGCGGCUCUGUUGUUUCAAGAUGAGUCUAUGGGUUGGGGGCCCAUGGGCUUGGGGUUGCAUUACAUUUGCACGAGUAAUUGUUGUGUUCGGAAGCAUAUGAGGAUUGAGACAUGGUUGGUAGCAGUGGAUUUGGGAUUAUGCUUUAUAUCAUCACUAUGAAAAGAUGUCAACUUUGUUUUUCUCUUGAGUUGUAGAUAUGAACUUGAAAGAUGUGAACUUCGUUUUUCUCUUGAGUUGUAGAUAUGAACUUUGAAUGUUUAAUGAUAUACUAUUUUUGCAUUA